UAGUCUAUGGGCAGAAAGGAGCUGAGCUGAGCUGAGGAGUGAUUACAUCUGUACUAAAACUGUGUGCUGUUAUUUGUUAGAGCAACUCCAUCUUUGUUCCUAUAACCUGAUUAAACAACAACUAUGGAGCUUCUUCUGGAUCUGCUGUGUUUGUGUCUUCUGUGUUUGACCGGGAAAAGACUUUGUGAUGAAAACGAGCCAAAAUAUAUCACAAUGAAAGAAGGGACAGAUGUUAUGUUACCCUGUUCUCUCAGCACCAAGGAGAACGUUGAGUCAAAAGUGUUUGACUGGAGGAAAGUUGCUCAGAAAGAUGAUGGUCUGAAGGAGGUGUUCAUGUAUGAAAAAGGCUUUCAUUACAAUAACGGUCGUCCAGGUCAGAGUGAAGAGUUCAAAGGUCGAGUCUCACAUUUUGAAGAUGAACUGAAACAUGGCAACGCCUCCAUAAUCAUCAGAAAUAUGAAGGAGGCUGACAGUGGAGACUACACCUGUCAUUUCCCACGUCUUCAUCAAAUGUUCCACCUUAAGCUUGUUGUUGUUGCUCCAGAGCCAGAUAUCAACAUUAUUGAUGCCACAGAUGAUGGAGUGUUGCUGCAGUGUGAGGUUCGAGGUGCUGUUCCCAAACCUAGAGUAGAGUGGCAGGACAGAGAUGGAAACAAACUUCCUGCUGAAGACCCACAGGUCUCUGAAAGAGGAGACAGAUACCACAUCACCCUCCAGACUACUGUGACCAAGACCGGCAGCUGUCGCUGUGUCGUCACACAGGAGGAAACCAACCGGAGGACUCAUGCUGAGAUUUAUGUGGCUAUUAUUGACAACAACAUGAGCAUAUGGACCUAUAUGGACCUAUAUGGAGCUGGAACUCUUGCUGUACUUGCAGUUGUUUUUCUUUUACAUGAAAAUAGAAAUAAUAAAAAGAAGUAAUUCAAGUAAGUUUCUAAUAGUGCUAACCCUAGACUAACCUUCUAUUUCUAUUGUGGCAAGGCAGCUUUAUUUAUAUAAACAUUUCAUUAACAAGACAAUUCAAAGGGCUUUACAUAAAACAUAAAAGAGCAGUUAAAACAUUUGUUGAAGAAAAUUUAAACAGGUAAAAUAAAAUAAGACGGUAAGAAGGUAUAGAAUAUGAGAAUAAAAGUUACAGUGCAGUUUAAUGAAUU